UUUCCUUCUCGCAGGCCGCUACGUGGACGGACGCGCGCAGGAAAACUUGAAGCUUCAGUGUUGUUGUCGACCGGAAGAAGAGUGAGUCAGCCUGCGGCCGGCGGUGGCCUGUCUUCCUGCAGUCAGUCGUCUCUCGGCGCUCAUGUCCGAGCGAGCACGCAGCGCUUCCACAUGGGAGCCGCCGCCAGCAAGCACAGAAACGCUGAGUUCUCGGCGAGCGGAGCCAAUGACUACCUGUUGAUGCCGGGAAUCGUUCCUCCGCGGAAAGGCAUCAUGCUGCACCACAGCGAAGAGGCGGACGACACCAACCAACUCCCCGAAGAACUGCAGCGGCGCCUGAUCGUCGCCAUGAUCUACGGCGACGAGAGAAAGUUCCGCGAACGUCUGUCGAAGGGAGCCGCGCCUGAGCGAUUCCGCGCCCACCACUGCAUCGCCACGGCCUGCUGGCGCGACCGCUACGCCAAGUUCGUGAAGAUCCUGCUCGAGGCGGGUCUCGACCAGAACGCCAAGAUCCCGAACUCCGUCGUGCUGGAGACGUUCCCCGUCUGGCUGGACGUGUACGACCGGCACGUGAAGGUCACCAUCGAGGACGACGCGAACCGAUGUCGAGGAAGAACCCCCGUCCAUCUCGCUGCCGGGGCAGGGAAUCCUCAAGUUCUCCGGCAGCUGCUGUCGAAGAGCGACACGAACUGCAACGCGAAGGACUCUCAAGGAGAAACGCCGCUUCACUACGCGACGUGCGCGAGGUACCACGUGGCAGGGAGUGGUCAGGAACAGUACGCCAAGUGCGUGGACCUGAUCCUGCAGAGGAAGGACAUCGGAGUGAACUGCGCCAACGCCCACGGCUGGACGGCGGCGCACCUGGCGGCUCUGCGAGGGAGCACCUGUGUGCUCAGCACCCUGCUGGCCGAUGACCGCGUGGACGCCAAUCUCAAAGACAUGAACGACAGGACCUUGCUUCACUUGCUGGCGCACUACGAGGACAUCCCGGAUCAAAACAUCGACUACAUUGAAGCCUGCCUGACGCUGAUCUUGUACGAGAGCGUGACAGACGUGAACUCCGUGGACCGAGACGGAAACACUGCGCUUCACUUGGCAGCGAAAUCGGCGAACAUACUGAUAUUGAAGACUCUGGCGAAGCGGCGCACCACUGACAUGAUGAAAUUGAAUGGCAACUGCAGGAACCUGUUGCACUGUGUGGCCGAGAGCAGGGUCAAAGAUACGGAGAGAAUAAAGUCGUGUCUGGACUUUCUUCUCGACUGGCAGGACAACAAAACCUUCGAGAAGCUGGAAGUGAACCACCGAGACGUCUGGGGCUACACUCCAGUCCAUGUGGCCAUAAUAAGGAGGAAUCACACGGCCGCACUUUCGCUCAUGAAGCGAGGAGCAUGCCUUUGUGAGAGAAGUGAUGAAGACAGAAGAAUCCUAGACGAUAUGUCACCAGAAACUCUCGAAGCUUUCUUCGAUUCUUGCUUGGAGCAGUCAGGAGAGCCCUAUGACAAAUCUUUCAAGAUCACAUUCAAAUACAAGUUCCUUCCUCCGCGAGUUCACCCGAAGUCAUAUAAAUGUUCUGGAGGUGAGAUGAGUGUUAUAAACUGCAUUUCUCAGAAAAUACAUUUAAGACAUUUACUUGUUCAUCCACUCGUGAGGAGUUUUCUUCAUCUUAAGUACAAACGUUUACGAAUGUUAGUUUAUCUUAAUAUUAUGAUCUACAUACUUUUUGUGACUUUAAUUAAUUCGUACAUUAGCAUGGAAUCGUCUAGUUGGGGGAACAUUACUAUGAGACAAAACUCUACCCUUGUUGACCAAAUGUCGGAAAAUUCUCGCACGAAAGUCACAUUGCGGGCAGGUAUCGUUAUACUCAUUGCUUGCCUCGGCAUACGUGAGAUAAUACAGAUCACUUUAUUGCAUUGGAAAUACUUCAAUGGUGAAAAUUUUUUAGAACUGCUGACACUUGUUCUUGCUGCUGUAAUUACUUGGGAUGCACACAUAAACACGACCUGGCAGAGAUACGUUUGUGUAACAGUGUUGAUAUUAUCGUGGGUGGAGCUGAUUCUGCUCACCGGCAGACUGCCCACGUGGUCUGUGCAGUACGAGAUGCUGAAGACUGUUUUGGCCACGUUGCUCACGUACCUCGUCUGGUUCCUGAUCAUCCUCACGGGUUUCGCCAUGUGCUUUCACGUCCUGUUCAUCGUGGGCACGUCGGACGACUUCUUCGCGUUGCCGUGGCUGUCCCUGGUCCGAACCAUCGUCAUGAUGACGGGGGAGUUCGAGUUCACCGGCUUGCCCUUCGACAACCUGCCGUUCAUCAGCGACUUCGUCUUCCUGAGCUUCGUGGUGCUGGUGUUCUUCGCGAUGCUGAACCUCCUGAACGGCCUCGCCGUCAGCGACACGCAGAAGAUCAGGGAAGAAGCCCUGCAGCUCAGUGUCGUCUCCAGGGUCAGGCUCGUCUCGUUCAUGGAGGAAGCGUUCGCGCACCAACUUCGGCUGCCUUUCGCCAGGCGGAUUGGCGGCUUCUUCCGUCUCUUCUCGGACGCCGCCAGGGACGAAGAGCUCGUGCACGUCGUCAGGCCCAACCUUAUGUUCGUCCCCGACUAUUGGCAGUUCCGCCUCCGGGUCCAGUACUUGAUCCGCAGUUUCCUCGAUUCCGACAUGGACAUUGACAUAGUAGAUGCGUGCAAGGAACGUUUGGAUCAACAGCAUCAAGGAGAUAAUUGUUUGGGAGUGCUGGCCAAAUUGUUGGAAACCAAGGGAAGAAGCAGGGAAACGACUGCACCUAGCUCUAAUAGACAAAACUGUUCUAGUUUCUGUGAAGGAAACAUGAACGAGAACAUAAAAAAUGAAACUGUAAUUACUCUUAAAAAAUAAUUUUAUUCGUUUGUGGCAAAAAACUCUGUUUUUAUGAUUUUUUUUAUUUGAUAUAAAAAUGUAAACUUUUUGAUAAAGUGUAUUAUGUUGUGUGGUCUUGUUAUUGAAUGAUUUUAUAUCUAAAUGUUAAUUUUUAUUUUAAAAAAUAUAUAUUUUACCAAAGGAUUUUAAAAUUAAUACCAAGUCUGUGUGGGUAAGUUUACUACUGAAGUUUUGGCAUUCUUUGAAAAUAAUACAUAACAUCACUUCAUGGCAUUAUUAGAAAACAAAAAAUUGGUUUACUAAUUUUUCUCUUGUUUAUGUUUGUUACACGAUAUUGAUAAUGUACUUAAAAUUUUAUUAAUUUUUAAAUGUGAUUAUGUUUGUAACUCGAUAAUGACACUGGACCUAACAAAGCAGAAGAAAAAAUGGAUGAAUAAAACGUAUCAAAUAUUU